AUGGCUCCUUCAGCUAUAUCCACUUCUGACCAUUCGUCGAAUGGUACUCUGAAAGGGAUAUCACACUACCACCAAUUUAAUGGCCACAAUGGAACACCCUCACACCCUACCAGAAGGUUGCUUCCCGGCAUCUAUGUCCCAACCGUGGCGUUCUUUGAUUCUAACGAAGACGUGGACAUCGCCUCAACCGAGAAGCAUGCGGCACGACUCGCAGAGAGAGGCGUCGCUGGGAUCGUGACUCACGGCAGCAACGGUGAGGCCGUCCACCUCGACCGUGAAGAACGAGCUGCCAUCACCGAAGCAACACGUAAAGCUCUGGGCUCGGCUGGCUACGAUGACAUGCCCAUCAUCGUGGGAUGUGGCGCACAAUCAACGCGAGAAACAAUCCGUCUCUGCAUAGACGCAUCGAACUCCGGCGGCGACUACGCCCUCGUCAUAUCACCAAGCUACUAUGGCUCGCUCCUGAAUUCUGAUCUCCUUCUCUCCCACUUCCGCGCUGUAGCAGACGCCUCCCCCAUCCCACUCCUUAUCUACAAUUUCCCCGCCGUUGCCGGGGGUCUAGACAUGACUUCGGACCAGAUCCUUGCGCUGUCCAAACACCCUAACAUCGUGGGGGUGAAGCUCACGUGCGGUAAUACGGGCAAACUAAAUAGAAUUUCUUCUGGCACGAAAGGCGAUUUCCUCACCACAGGUGGCUCUGCAGAUUUCAUCCUCCCUACACUGAUCGCCGGUGGAGACGGAGUCAUCUCCGGCCUCGCGAACCUGGCUCCGAAAUCAUGCGUCAAGGUCAUGGAACUAUACAAAAAGGGAGAUAUCGCUCAAGCGCAAAGGCUGCAAGCAAUAGUAGCGAGAGGCGAUUGGAGCGCCAUCAAAGGUGGGUUUGUGGGCGUGAAAGGUGCUUUGAGACUGUACGAGGGAUAUAGCGCCGUUCCGAGACGACCGUGUAUUGCUCCGGAUGAGGAGGCGUCUCGGGCGCUCAAAGAGCAGUUUCGGGAGAUUAUGGAGCUGGAGCAGAGUCUUUGA